UCUGAUGAGAGGCAAGUACUUCACUUGCACCACAGGAACCCAGGAGUCAGUCAUAGGAAGAGGAUCAUUGCUGGUGGGAUUGAACUUAAUUUUCUUGCAUACUACAAAAGUGCUCUACCACUGAGCUGCAGCCUGAGAGUCUCCCUGCAGGAUUCUAGGUGCAGAAAAUGGAAGCCAACUACUCCGUGCCUCUGAAUGGAUCAGAAGUGGUGCUCUAUGAUUCUACCACCUCCAGAGUUUUGUGGAUCCUCUCAAUGGUGGUCAUCUCCAUCACUUUUUUCCUCGGGGUGCUGGGCAAUGGGCUUGUGAUCUGGGUAGCUGGAUUCAGGAUGACACACACUGUCACAACUAUCUGUUAUCUGAACUUGGCUUUGGCUGACUUCUCUUUCACGGCUACUCUACCAUUCCUCAUCACCUCAAUGGCCAUGAAAGAAAAAUGGCCUUUUGGCUGGUUCAUGUGUAAAUUAGUUCACAUUGUGGUGGACAUAAACCUAUUUGGAAGUGUCUUCCUCAUCGCUCUCAUUGCUUUGGACCGCUGUAUUUGUGUCCUGCAUCCAGUCUGGGCUCAGAAUCACCGCACUGUGAGCCUGGCUAGGAAGGUGAUAAUUGGACCCUGGAUUCUUGCUCUCAUCCUCACAUUGCCCAUUUUCCUCUUCUUAACUACAGUUAGAGUUCCAGGAGGGCAUGUGUACUGUACAUUCAGCUUUGUGUCCUGGGGUGACACUCAAGAAGAGCGGUUGAACGCAGCAGUCACUAUGCUAACAGUUAGGGGAAUCAUCAGGUUUGUCAUUGGCUUCAGCACGCCCAUGUCCAUCGUUGCCAUCUGCUAUGGACUCAUUGCUGCCAAGGUCCACAGAAGAUCCCUUGUCAAUUCGAGCCGCCCCUUUCGUGUACUCACUGCAGUUGUGGCUUCCUUCUUUAUCUGUUGGUUUCCCUUUCAACUGGUUGCUCUUUUAGGCACAGUCUGGCUCAAAGAGACACUUGAUGGUGGUUAUAAAAUUCUUGACAUGUUGGUUCAUCCAACAAGUUCAUUGGCCUUCUUCAACAGUUGCCUCAACCCAAUGCUCUAUGUUUUUGUGGGACAGGACUUUAGAAAAAGACUGAUCCAUUCCCUGCCUUCCAGUCUGGAGAGAGCCCUGAGUGAGGACACUGCCCAGACUAGUGAUACAGGCACCAAUCCUGCAGACAUUGAGAUAAAGGCAAUGUGAAGAGAGGACUGGGCGAUGCUUUUUUCCCUCCCACACCAGUUCCAUUUCAUUAUUAUCUUACCUUAUAUUGUGAUCUAGAACAUUAUUAUUCUGGAAAGACACUUCUGUGUCCCCUGAAUUGGAAAAAAGAAAUAAAAGUCAAAGCUAA